GCAAUGACACGGCGGGCAGGGAGGAGGCAGGGCAGGCAGCUCCGCCGCUUUAUAAGCCUCCAGGCGCGCCGGCUGUGGCCAGUGGCCCCCUCUGCGCGGGAUCGUGCCCUGCCCUGCCCGGGAGCCCGAGCCCGCCAUGCUGCCCGCCUUGCUGUGGCUGCUCCUGGCUUCCCCUCCACUGGCAGCCCCGUUGCGGCGGGACACGUCCCCGUUCAUCAUAUCGGAGAGCGAACGGGGAGAACCGCCAUGCCUGGUUGAGUGUCCCCGGGAGAGAGGCCGACCCAUCUGUGCCUCCGAUGGGAAACUCUACAAAUCUCCAUGCACUUUCCAGAGAGCACGUUGCCGCGAGCCUUUCCUGGAGGCUUUGCCACGGUCCCACUGUGGCGGGGGUGCCCAUCGAGAACCCAACAACACUAAUCUCACCCGCUGCCAGGAGGACCGAGUGGCUGCCCUCUCACAGUCCCGCCGACAGGCUCACGCCACCUACGUCCCGGAAUGUGGCGAAGACGGGUCCUUUCUACAGGUUCAGUGCCACAAACAGACAGGUUACUGUUGGUGUUCCACCCCAGAAGGGAAACCUAUCAGUGGGACAUCGGUCCUCAACGAAACCCCAAAUUGUACAGGCUCCUAUACAGUACGGACUUCGUGGCAAGAUCCCAACUCCUCUCGGAGAGAAGAAGGUGCCAGGCCACGGCCCACCCAGCCAAGCCCCCUACCCCACAAACAGAAAGAGGGAACCGCCUUGCCGUUCCUAAUUCCCAUCAUCAUCCCAGAUUUCAAGCCCAACCGCACGGCAAAGCAGAUCCAAGAGUACCCGCCGUCGUGCGAGCAGGAACGGCGUGAAGCCAUCGAGGAGGCCCAGCUGCACCAACAGGAGGGAACUUUCAUCCCAGAAUGUGAGGGCGACGGCACUUACAAGAUGGUGCAGUGCCACCAGGCCACAGGGUACUGCUGGUGCGUGCGGGUGGACACCGGCCGGCCUGUCCCGGGCACUUCCACACGGAAUUUCCCUCCAGACUGUGGAGCGGAUGCAGCGGCCAAGAGCGUAGAACUGGGCUCCCUCUUCCGUGAUCGGGCAUUACCCGGUUGUCCAGGCACCAAGAAGGCCGAGUUCAUCUCCAACCUGAUCAAAGCCUUGGCCUCCGACAUGCUACAGUCAAGAAUGAUGCCUGCCCCGUACCAAAGGUUUCCGGACCGCUUCACGGGGCGCAGCCUGGAAGAGCGAGUGGUCCGCUGGCAGUUUGUGCGGCUGGACAAGGAUUUCAGCAACAGCAUCAAUGAGCGCGAGCUCCGCCCUCUCAAGCUCUACAUGAAGAAGCACACCCGGCCCAAGCGCUGCGUCCGCAAGUUCCUGGACUACUGCGAUCUGGACAACGACCGGCUCAUCUCCCUGAACGAGCUCAGAGGUUGCCUGGGUCUCAGUUAACACCAGGGAUUCCCCCACCGUACAAAAUAAAGAAUGGCGCUUUCCCUCCUCCAGACCCUCAGGGGGCGCACUCUCUUUUCUGAGCACUGCAUUCCCACCUCUGUUUGCAGACUCUUUGCACUUUAAAGAGACAGACUGGACUUUGUGCCAAGAUGGUUGAUGAUGAAUGGAACUUGGCUAUAAAUGUAGAAAGGGGUGGCGCAGGGGCAGCUGCCAGUCGAACUUCAAUUUUUCCUCUUUUUCGCUUUAAGAAAACAUAGAUCAGAAAAGCCUGCAGCAAUCAGCCACCUUUAUAGAUAUUUUUUUAAAAAAAACAUUUUAAUCUUUGCUUUAUUUUUACUGUGUAAUUUUUAAGGAGAAAAAAGAAUGUAUGGGAACUUUCUUGUUAAAGGGUUUGUAAAAAAAGUGAUAUUAAUCUUUUAAGUCUCUGACUCUGCAUAAGAAAUAAGUUGGGUUAUAAAAUGAUUUGUAGUCUGUAUUUUAAAAUUAAUAAAUUAUAGAUACACAA